UUUGGAAGGGGGGCUGGGGGGGGGUGAGAAAAUAGUUCUGUCGUCUGCAACAAUCCCCCUCAGUAGUCAGGAAUCAGGAUUUAAACACCACCGUGAAAUACCUGCCAAAUUAAUUCAUUGUGUACAUCUUUCAGUCAUCGAGCAUUCGAUAAAAUUAUUCCGCUCAAGCAAAGUGUUCCAUGAUUUAUACAUUAGACAGGAUCUGUGUUAUAUCUAAUGGUGUCCCAUCCCCCAGCAUGUGGUUGCAAACACUGCAGUCAAGUCAGGAAGUGUUUGAAAGAACCCAGGAUUUCCAGAUUAUAUAUCAGUAUACAAGAGUUGAGACAUGCAUUGUUUCUUCCACAUUAUUCUGCUGAAUCAUUCCCCAUGCUGAAACAGGAUGGGCUGUUUUACAAGAAGAUUUUGUUCUGUGUGUUGUUAUGGUGCCAAGAGUAACCCCAUCACAAUGCCAUCAUCAAUUACCAUCAUCAAAUACAACUUCCAGAACUGUAAGCCGUUCAAGUAAGUGACCUAUGAAGUUGCCUCUGCUAAUUAUGAAGAAUCCAGCAAAGAACAAGUGCCUGUUGAAGUGAACUGAAACAUUCCAACUUGGGUCAGCCACAGUUACCUUAGUGAACUGCCAAUUACUGUGUUUUCCCUUGAAUAACAAGAAUUCCAAUCUCAAGUCUAGAUGGGAAUCAACAUGAAUCUCAGUUCCUCCAUAUCAGGCAACAAAAUAUCACUGCUGAAGGAAAAUGCUGACCAGUAAAAACGACGUCGACAUAGUGAUAUAAAAGUGCUGGAUCAUCGUCGACAUGCAACCCCCGAAGUUUCGCCAAUUUGUUCGACGGAGAGAAAAUUUUCGCUGGUAACUUCGAGACGUUAUAAAUAGAAUUGCUGACUCGAAUAUCCGGUGAAAUUCAAAACUCUACUGUAGUCAAAACAAGCAACAAUAAUUGAAAUCAGACUCUGGAAUAUUUGGUUUAUGACCGCAGUGACGCAAAUAUUGCAACGCCCAUCUUAAUCGAAGAAACUGGGCGGUAAUAAAGAGACUAUGGCCGUGGAGGACCAUAGCACGUAUUAUAGGUAUUACGUACUCGAGCUCCCAUCAAAUUGAACUAGUGCUUGGGGGUUCCGGCCAAGACGGAAUUGAAAAAGCCCCUUUGACAAGAGCAACAUAAUUUGAGGCAGGUGGCUGCUACUGAUAAACGAUCGCAACAACAAAUCCUAUCUGAGUAUCCGGACCUUUAGGAAGAAGGAAAAGGCCUAUCAGACGGUCGUCAAAGUUGAGAAAGAACAAAUUAGUCGUUUAGUACAUUUGGUGCAGUUGCAAUCACAAUUGCCAGGUUGCGAUUUCCAUGCAUCUUAAUUGGGUUGGGACUUCCCAAAAGCCGUGCAGCACACGAGCAGUCAGUCAAAGUGACUCACCUACUGCCCCCGGCCGUGUCCUCUCUAUACUGAUUGCUAGCACCCACCCAGUUGUUUUCUCUUCUAUUUGGCACGUAAAGAGCAAAAUAAGACGAGCAUGAAAGAGAAGAAGGAUAAAUAGCUGAAAGAGGAAUGCAUCGACUACACACCGUCUAUGAUACCAGAGACCUAUUAGCAGCAGUAGUUCUCUAUGUAGGUUAUAAAUUUCGUCUUUACGGGAUAUGGAAUUGGCUCAGUUACUUAGAACUCGCUUGUUGCAACGUCUAGAUGUCAGACAAUGCGGAUUAAGAGCUGGGCUCUGAUCGAAUCGUCACACUUUAAGUAAUUAUGCAGUUGACUAUUGUGUCGAGUUUUACAAUCAUUAAAUUCAUUCUUAAUAGAAGGCCUUCCAUCUCGGUGUGUUCUAACUAGUAAUGCAACAGGCGUGAAAACAGACCAUUAAACCCCCAGAAGGCGAAAUCUUGCAAAAGAAGAAGAAAUGAAGCUGGAAGCUGCAUUCGGUAAACCUGUUGAAUAACGGAUUCACGCCAAUGAAUCGACACAAGAUUUUGCUGCCAAAACGGGCAAAUGACAAAAUAUGGUCUCAAGCUAAACGAAACGUCCACUAGUUGAUAUAUCUAAGUGCAUAAACGAAAAAAGGGGUCAUCUGAGUCCGACCAAAUCGUAAAUUUGAGCAUCCAACACGACGUCGUUCAAGAUAUCCAUCGCAAGUUUGCAACCCUAAAAAUAGUUCGCCGGCUCGUAUCCCCCACAUUGGCCAGAUCUUUGCAAGUUACCUAACCUAGUUUUAGCAAAAGAAAAUCAACACAGCUCACGAUAUCAUCAGACGAGCUCCCGAUUUCGUCAUUACAAGUCGAUUGACGGGUUAUUUGCUGCGGUUGCUUAGAUGCGUGUGAUUCAAAAAUCUACAUGGAGCUCCCUUACUAGUUAGCAGCCGGCUUAUAUAGCUGCAGGGUUUAAACAAAAAUCAAACUAAUGCAGCGAUCGUAUAAGAAGGAUAGAAAAGGUUUACGAGAUGUUCAGUCUCAUAGUUCAUUUGUGUCGGGAAACAACAUCACGGAAAAACGCCCCUGGCUAUGGUUUUGUUUUAUUGAAUCAGCCAAUAAUUUUGCGCUCUUUUUCUUCAUUUCCAAUUUUAUCGGGAUGACCGUUCCAGUUUAUUUUGUAACGGCACUGCUUUUGACGUCAUGGAUCUUUCUUAUCAUGCCGACUCAAGCUGCCCCUAAUUAUUUACGGAGCCCUCAGCAAUUGAAGUUUCCCGCUGUACCUAAAGGACUUCUUGAAGGUAGCGAGAAUACAGAUGAACGUGUCGAAAAAACGUCCGCUUCCAGUAAAUCAACUGAAGGCGCCAAAUUCAAAGGAAAAGCGUCGCGACUUACUGAAUCGGUUAUCGGCAUUGGCAUGGAUAGGCUUGUCGAUGUAAUGACAGGGGUAUCCAAUGUUUUAAACUCCAGAUCUAAUAUAGAUCCCGUUGACAGAUUCAUGUCAGUUUUUAACUCACUCUUCCAAUCAAAAGGAGGAUAUAAUGUAUAUAAUUAUUACAACAUUGUUUCCAACGCGAUCAUUUUCGACGUCUGGGCAAUGAUAUUUCGAAUCUGGGAAGAUCGAUUGAAAAGCAGGCAAGUUAGCGUCGAGGCCCUACGAGCUCAACAAGAAUCCGAUAGUCCAAUUGAAGAGACGUUGGAAGCUCUGAGUGAAGUCAAUGCUAAGCUGACCCUGGUUAAAGACGGUCUGAACCGUUUAGUACGUCGUAAAGACAUUCGAAGAAUGGGACUUGCCGCACUGAAACAAGGUUUUGAAAAGAAAACCAUUUACUUACACUCGGGACCUGAUGGGAUGGACGAUGACAGUGAUGAAGAGGAAGAAGAUGAAGACGAGGAACCGGUGGAUGAAGAUGGAACGGAAUACGCGAAUUCCUCGCGGGGACAUACUGUUCGACUCUCGACAGAACACAAAUCCUAGUAUUUUAGUCAAUCAGUCAGAAAUUUGGUGAAAGUGAUAUUCCUGAUCAAACAAACUUUUUUUUAUACUACUUACUACCUUGUGGUUUUGUAAUGGUUUCUUCUUUUUAUAGUAAAAAACGCAAAUUAUCUAACGCUAAAUGUUCUUAAAUGCUGUGUUUUCUUUUAUUGAUGUAAAAAUACUAAAAACGCAAAAUAUUUCAUUUAUUUAAGUGUACCAACGACCCACAUUGUCAAUAAGUGAUAACUGUAGACUAUUACAAAUGAUUAUUAAUAUGAAAACGUUGCGGCUA